AUGGACGAAACAUUCCAUCCCUUCCCAAGGCUGCCCGUAGAGCUCAGAUUAUGCAUCUGGGAGAUGGUGAUCCGGCCAACAGGCCCAGGUCGCCCAGGCGUGCACUUCUUUGCGGUACAACCAGACGCGGACGACAGCACCCGCGGCUUCAUAACCCUCCCCGUGUUUCCGGAAACAUCUCAGCGGCCCUGGAACCAAAAGAAUCCCUCGUCAUACUUUUCCGACAUUGGUAUGUGGACGGCCUGCAAGGAAUCGAGAGCCGUCGUCACCGGCCGACUUGCAAGGCGAUACGAAGGCCACGGCCAAACCGAUUGGGAUACUGUCAAGCUGCGACACGGCCAAGAAAACAUCGCCUUCGAUCUCGAUCGGGAAGACCUCAUCUGCAUGCAAGUUCCAGAUCCUGGGUUUUCGGACCCGUCGACCAUUCGGCCUCCCUACCAACUCGACUUUGAUUUGCCAACAACAGAACCAUGGCAUGUUGCGUUCGAAUAUGACGCGUCCUGGAGCUUCACCGACUGGGGAGACCUCACCCUGUAUCAAAUGAGGGGUGAAGAAGGCCCACGAGGGGCCUUUUUGAGAACCCUUGAGGAGGUGAUCAAAAGCAGCCUACAUUGCCGGCUUUACCUUAUUCAAUACGGCGCGAAGAUGAAGCCCGGCAAGUCCCCGAUCGAGGGGUUUUACGGUGAUGGGUUCCACUUGGCACUCGCCGACGAAGGAGAUGUCGAGAUUGAACGUCCGAGUGGCUUCCGGAAUGCUUGGGACUUCAUGUGGAAUGUAGACAACUGGAGCGAUGGCAUUUGGGAAGGACUGAAAGAUGAGGAGCAACGGCACUGCAGUUUCUGUUGCUCCGUCCCAAUAAUGGCAGGCAUGCAUGUGGAUAUAUUGAUCUGUGAGGAGAUUUGA